ACACUCCACCUUUGCCGGUUGCCGAACUCCUCGUCAUCCUGCUCUCGCAACUUUCCUCCAUGCUCCCUCUUUGACCGAAUGCUGCUGGGACGAACAUGGCGUGCCGGACUCCGCUUUUCACGUAACUCAUCGACAACGGCAACGCCACGCCCACGAUGGCAGCGUUAUUUGCGACGUGUUGGUUUUAUGGGUGUCGGGGUCGGCGUGGUGUACACGGUUGACAGAAAUUAUAAUGCCUCUGCGCUGGGGAGGAACCUGAGGACCCUCUGGGCCUGCGCCUUAAUAACGGCCGAUUACAAGCUCAACUUCACACCUGAAAAGUCCGACCAAAUUCCUCAGUUGCACGAACGAGUCGCAGAGGUCAUGUUCAACCUCUUCACCUCCAAUGGCGGACUUUACAUCAAGAUUGGCCAGGCGAUCGGGGCCAAUGCUGCGUUUCUUCCUCGGCCUGUACAAGUCAAAUUCGGGACACUCUUCGAUGAUGCGCCCCAAAUACCCUACUCCGAUAUCCUUUCUGUCUUCAAAUCAGAGUUCGGUCGUCCUCCCGACGGUCCAGACGGCGUGUUUGAGUUCUUCGACGAAAAAGCCAUCGCCAGCGCCAGCAUUGCGCAAGUCCAUAAAGCAAGACUGCGGCCGGAGCCCGGAGAAACAGAGGGACAAUGGGUUGCGGUCAAAAUCCAGAAGCCAGACGUGGCAAAGCAAACCGAAUGGGACUUGGGGGUUUACCGCAUCGUUAUGUGGCUCUUCGAGAAGGUUGCCUUCGACCUCCCGGUCUACUUUGUCGUCGACUUCAUCUCCGAGCAUCUUCGCCGCGAGUUAGACUUCGAGUUGGAAGCCAAUAACGCACGGAGAACUGCGGAAUUUGUCGCCGCCGACCCCGAUCUAUCCCAAACAGUCUAUAUCCCGCGAGUCUACCUGGAAUUGACGACGAAACGCGUGAUGACCGCUGAAUGGAUUGACGGAGUCCGGUUAAGUGACCGACAGGGCAUUCUGCGACUUGUCGGUGGGGCUCUCCAUGGCGGUGCUCGAGGGGUUAUGGAGCCAAUGGUCGAGCUGUUCAGCGCUCAGAUGUUUCGCUGGGGUUGGGUUCACUGUGAUCCGCAUCCCGGUAAUGUGCUGAUCAGGCCUCACCCACAACGACCCAGCCGCCCGCAACUGGUGCUGCUCGACCACGGCCUCUACGUCCAACUCACUGAAGACUUCCGAAGGGACUGGUGUUCGAUCUGGGAGGGCAUGCUGGCGGGGGAGUGGUCUGUUGUCGAACGGGUAACGCGGAAGUGGGGUGUCGGGAUGCCAGACCUGUUUGCAAGUGCAGUUCUUAUGCGACCAACAAGACUCGGCCGUGGUCGCCCGCCUCCGGACCCGACAAAGCCGAAACGCAAGCCCAUUGACGAAAUGACCAACUACGAGCGGAGCGUGAUGAUGAAGGCGCAGCUGAAGGGCUUCUUGCUGGACACUGAUCGGAUGCCGAAGGUGCUCAUCUUCUUGUUGCGCAAUAUGCGCAUGGUGCAAGGCAACAAUCAGGCGCUCAACUCCCCGGUCAAUCGAAUCAAAAUCACCGGCUUCGCUGCCUCGCGGGGGCUCACUCGAGACCGCAACGCUGCCUUGCGUGUCCGACUAUACGACUACUGGCACUACACCCGUUUCAGGAUGUUCAUGUUCUCGAUUGAUGUCGUGUUUUGGCUGUCGAAAGCGAGACAGUGGACGUGGAGAUGGCUGGGAAUGGGGGCUGUGGGCUUGGGAUUCGAGGAUGAGAUAGAACGGAGUGUGCGUGGGCUGGCUAAGAGUAGCUUUGGGGUGGAUGUCGGGCCUGAGGCCUUCCAGGGCUAA